AUGUCCUGCUUCGCUUGGAGUAGCGAUGAAGAAGCCAUGGUCGCUGCCAGCGGUUCCACCAGCGCAGCGCCGUUGCCGACACUUACGUGCACCACAGAGAGUGUCAAGAUUCUCGUGACACUGUUAAGUUGCCUAGCGCAUGACCGACGGGGUCUGCUCUUCACUGCGCACUCCAAGCGCAAGUCCCUGCAGAUCAAGACGUCAAUCGGAUGA